CUUCCUCUGUUGUCAGAGAGCAGGUUUGAAGCAAGUGUUCUUUAGAUGGGCGAUAAUACAGACGAAGGAAAGAGAUCUAAGGAGCAACAUUAUCUGUGAUAACAAACAUAUGAUUGUUGGACUUUCUGAUGGAUCAUUGUAUAAUAUAUCAUGGAAGGGAGAGUUCUGUGGGGUUGUUGAUCUUGACAUUUCACUCUCUGAUGGAAGUGGAGCUGAUAAAUUGUCUCAUUCUUUGGACAAUGGUCUUCCUUCUAAUGGAGCACAAGGUGUUUCUCUGCCCAUGAAUUAUAUAAGGAAGAAGUCUGCUAUUGUGCACAUGGAGUUUUCCUUCUCACUGAGGUUACUGUUUUUGCUCUUUUGUGAUGAACAACUUGUGUCAUGUUCUGCAAGUAAGAAAGGAUUAAAGCAAGCUGAUUUAAUUAAAGUUGAAAAGAAACUGGCAUAUGGUUAUGCUGUAUGUGCCCCAGUUGCUUCGGAGCAACAAAUUCUUGUUGUGGGUACAAAAAGGGGAGAUGUUGAAUUGUAUGACCUCACAGAUUCUGCUUUCCUUGUUCGUGCUGUUUCUUUAUAUGACUGGGGGUAAGUGCUCUGUUUUAAAUUGCACGGAAGAAUACUUAUUUGCUGCAUUCAACCUUCUCCUUUAACAAUCAGGCUGUCUCGAGCAACUGCGUUCAACAUUAUAACUUCGUACUUUUUGCAUGAUCUUCUAGGCAUUCAUCAGCUCAACUUCCACAACCUAAACAUUCAAGAUGAAAACUAAACUUGUUUGCUUUUCAUAUUUACAAUGUCUGUAUAAUUACAACUUCUUUCCAGUACUACUAAUUUUUUCCUCAAA